AUGCGAUUAAAGCUUUACAUUGUCACAGGCAGAAAGCUUCCUUCACAAAAGGAACCGAAGACUGUGCCAUAUCGAAUGCGAAUCUUUGCUCCUGAUUCUGUUACUGCGAAAUCUCGUUACUGGUAUUUCAUCCGACAGCUUAAAAAAAUGAAGAAGGGAAAUGGUGAAAUUUUGGAAUGCAAGAGGCUUUUCCCUCGGAAGCCCUUGACUGUCAAGAACUAUGGCAUUUGGAUUCGCUAUAAUAGUCGCUCUGGGACUCACAAUAUGUAUAAAGAGUUUCGCGACCUCACAGAGGAAGCUGCGGUUACUCAACUAUAUAGAGAAAUGGGUGGGCGACACAGAGCUCGACCUUCAUCCAUUCAAGUGAUUAAGAUCGAAGCAAUACCUCCAUCCAAGUGCCGGCGCCCUCAUGUUACUCAAUUCCACAACAGUAAACUCAAGUAUCCGCUCCCGCACAGAGUGACAAGACAGCUCCACAAGCCACGCUUCACCACUGCAAAGCCUAUAACUACAUUCUAA